UCUAAGUGAUAUUUUUUACCUUGUAAUUGUAAUUUUAUAAUAUUUAUAGGGAUAGGAUUUUUAUGAAUGGAAUUGAUUUUGUUUACUUUUGUUUUGUUUUGUUCUGUUGUACGAUGUACAUUGUUUUGUGUUGAUAUCUUGAUAUGGGCCUAUGGCCGUAAUAAAGUACUGAUGAUUCUUGAACUGUGGUGCCCAGAACUGGACACAGUACUCCAGGUGAGGUCUGACCAGAGCAGAAUACAGUGGUACUAUUACUUCCCUUGAUCUAGAUCAGGCAUCCCCAAACUUUGGCCCUCCAGAUGUUUUGGACUACAAUUCCCAUCUUCCCCGACCACUGGUCCUGUUAGCUAGGGAUCAUGGGAGUUGUAGGCCAAAACAUCUGGAGGGCCGUAGUUUGGGGAUGCCUGAUCUAGAUGCUAUACUCCUAUUGAUGCAGCCCAGAAUUGCAUUGGCAUUUUUAGCUGCAAGUUUGUGGUCUACCAAGACUCCUAGAUCCUUUUCACAUGUACUGCUCCCAAGCCAGGUGUCUCCCAUCCUGUAUUUGUGCCUUACAUUUUUUUUUUUUUUUUUGCCCAACAAACAGCGUUGACAUCUUUAAGACAAUUAUUGACUCGAGGUGCUGGAUUUUAACUGGAUGUCAAUCCUUGAUGCAGAAUUCAAGCAGUUAAAAGUUGCUUACUAAUAAACCUGCCUGUGAAGUGAAGGAACCAGUGACUGUCAGUAGAUGCCAGUCAGAUGCUGCGUUGUUGCAGAAAAGCCCAGUUGUCUGCAUAUGUUAUGAAAGCACGGACAGCUACCCUGCAGAACUACCCUUAAAUAGAAAAGGAAAUUGUGGCACCAGUACUUGGAUUCCACCAACUCAUCAGUGGAAAAAGAGUGACUGGAAAUUAAGCUUUGAAGGCAAUGUUCAGGAAGCCUUUGCAUACCACAGCUGCCAAACACAGAAAUACCAAACACAGAAACACAUGCGAUAAUGACAAGGCAGAAAAAUUAAAAAAUUAAAAUGCUUGGUCAUAUGUGGGAAAAGGAGACAUUGGGCUGGUUUGCACAACACUGUAAACCAAACUAUGGCUUGCCAACACCGUGUGAACAAGUGGACUCAGAAGAGCUUGCAGUCACUUUGCUCCUUCCUGGUCCAUUUCAGUGUUAUUCUGAGCUGCGCUAGAGUCUGACUUAGCAUGAUUAAGCUCUUUCUUCACUAAUUACAAGCUGUAACCAAGAACAAACCUUGUCUGUAGCUGGUGGUUAGUGAGGAGAGAUCAUAACCAUGAGUUCUGCUUUGGUUGACCCACUAAGGCAUGGGUAGGCAAACUAAGGCCCGGGGGCUGGAUCUGGUCCAGUUGCCUUCUAAAUCCAGCCUGUGGACGGUCCGGGAAUCAGCGUGUGUUUACAUGAGUAGAAUGUGUGCUUUUAUUUAAAAUGUAUCUCUGGGUUAUUUGUGGGGCAUAGGAAUUCAUUAUUAUUUUUCAAGGAAGGUCUGCGGGACCAGCCCCCUGCUGAAAAAGUUUGCUGACCCCUGCACUAAGGCAAACCUUGGUGCAGCAAUAAAAAGGACUUGGAAGGAGCAAAGUUGUUUAUGAACAAAUAGCUUGUUCACAUAGUCUUGGUAAGCUUAGGUGUCAUGCAAACCAGGUCUGAAGCUAAAGGAAUAUCUAAUAUCGACUACAAAUGAUGGGCUUACUUUAGAAUAGUAGUACCACAGGACGUCUGAACACCAUAUAUUAAAGCAAGGAUGUGGGGGGACAGUUUCCAGUGCUUGAUUUUUUUCCUCAGACAUGUUUAUUAAUAAAUAAUAAUGAAUGGAUGCCACUUGCAAAUAUUAGGCAAGGUUGUCAGUUUCAAAGUUUUAGCAUUGUUUACUAAAUAUAAGUAAUAUAAAUCAAAAUUAAGUUCUGUCUCUAGGGGGAUAAACAUUUUCUGAUGUAAAAGACCCAGUGCAAAUUACCCUAACUUGCAUAGGAAAUAUUUCCUGUAAAACCUGCAUUAGAGUCACCUGACAACUGAGAUAUAAACUUGAGAGGCUGUUCCUUGAAGACUUUGUGGACUCAUAUCUCAGAUUGAAAUAUUUAAUGGAAAACAAGAUGAAAAGAAUCGCUGCUGUUUCUAAUGAAAAGGAUGCUGGGAAUGAAUUCAUUUGAUUUUUAUUUUUAAAGGAAGUGUCAUAAUCUUCUGGUUGAUUCCUGUUCAAAAUACUUGAAAGUAAUUGGAAGCAAAUCUUUCAAUAAAAUGUGGAGAGAAUGCAAAUAUGCAACAUGUGUAGUAAAAUGUAGACAAUACACAAUUAUUAGCUUAGAACAAGGGUAAAUCUAUGAAGGUAAAAAAUGACCAAGUAACUCAUCUAAUUACAGGAAGAACAGGUAAUAUGCACACAGGGACAGGUACGUUUUAUAAGACCUUCCAUAUUAGUGAUGGUGGGUGAUAACAAUUUUAUAUUCUUCUGUAAUUAGAUGAGUUAUUUUGUCAUAUUUUACCUUCCAUGCAUUUAAUUUGUGCAACUGGCUGGCUGUGUUGUGAUAUUCUUGGAACUACAAGAAAUUUGUUCUUGAGGACUUGUUAUGCACAUCAACAUGUUUUAAUUUUCCCUAAAUCUUCAGCCAGUCUCCUUGGGCUUAAUCCACUAGAUGUGUCUUAAUGGGGACAUGGAGUGUGACUAAUUUGAGCUCGCAGGCUUAUAUUAUUUAUUUGAGCAUGGCUAAACCACUUUUUAGUUCACAAUACAGUAACUUGUUGCAUUAAGCCAGGCUUCCUCAACCUCUGCCCUCCAGAUGUUUUUGGCCUACAACUCCCAUGAUCCCUAGCUAGCAGGACCAGUGGACAGGGAUGCUGAAAAUUGUAGUCUCACAAUAUCUGGAGGGCCGAGGAAACCUGGAUUAAACCUUAAAUGAUGCUUCCUUUGUGUGCGUGGAAGGAGUAUUGUGAUCAGCUUGAUAGCAAUCUUGGAAUUUUUUGUCAUGCAUGGAAAGAGGACCCCCCCCCAAAAAAAGCUUACAAUGGCUGAGAGUCCAAAAUAAAGGACAGUCUUCCAAGGUGGCUUGUGGGAGCGGCAGAGGGGCUUGUCCUUCUGUGGGCUGAGUUUGUAUAAUCCUGGCUUGCUGGCACCUUUAGCACACCUGGACUUCAUGCCAUCUGAAAGAGGCAUUUCCAGUUCAUUAGCACCCCUUGAAUGCGGAGAAGACUAAUGCUUAGCUGAGAAUUGCAGCUGGCCAGUGAACAACUUCCUCUCCCCAAGCUGCUGCCCUCCAGAUGUUUCACACUGCAGCUUCCUGUCAGCCCAGCCAUAUAUAAGAUGCUGGGGUUAAUGGCAGUUGUAGCCCCAAACACCUGGAAAGCACCAAGUUGGAGAAGGCUGCUCUAGAGCAAGCAUGGAGAAUCUUUGCCUUCCAGGUGUGCUAGUCAUGCCUGAUGGGAGCUGUGGUUCAGCAACAUCUGCAAGGUCAAAGGUUCCCCACUCCUGCUGUAGAGUCUCAGAACUGCAUGGGUUGAGGCAGGGUCCACUCAGGAUGCAGAUGUACUUAUUUUCUUACAUUUUAAUAUCUUGUGUUUCUUCUGCCUUGGCAUUAAGGUCAAGGAUGGAUGAAUGAGGGAACUGGGAAGACCUUUGUGCAUGCAUGGGGUAGAAAGUGGCUUGGGUAUGCUGCCAAAUUGACCCUGUCUUUUCUUUUAAAUUUUUGUUCAGCUGAGACUAAUCCCCCACUUUUUUUCUUUUAUUGCAGCAGGUGCCUUCUGAUGGUUCCAGUUGGAGGCCUACAGUUGUAGCGAGUGCCCGCCCACCCCCUCCCUUUUCCUCUUUUCCUUCCCCCCUCCCCUCCCUCCCUCAUCUGAAUCUUCCCCCCCUCCCCACCACACAUGUUGUUGUGUACUUGCACUCACUAAUGACAGCGUGGAUCAUCCUCCCCAUUAGCCUCUCUGCCUUCUCGAUCACUGGAAUAUGGAUUGUGUAUGCCAUGGCAGUAAUGAACCACCAUGUGUGUCCUGUUGAGAACUGGUCAUAUAAUGAGUCCUGCUCUGCUGAUUCUGCCAAGCAUGGAUACCCCAAAAGCUGCUGCACCUUGGAGGAUGUCCCUUUGAUCAGUAAAUGUGGCACAUAUCCUCCUGAAAGUUGUCUCUUCAGCCUUAUUGGGAAUGUUGGGGCUUUCAUGGUGCUGGUGAUCUGUUUCCUGCGCUAUGGGCAGCUGAUAGAACAGAGCCACAGUUCCUGGGUGAACACAACUGCGCUGAUCACAGGCUGUAUCAACGCUGCUGGCCUGGUUGUGGUCGGCAAUUUCCAGGUGGACUAUGCCAAAUCCCUUCACUACAUCGGAGCCGGAGUGGCCUUCCCGGCAGGCCUGCUUUUUGUCUGCCUUCAGUGUGUCCUCUCCUACCAUGUUGCCAUCUCUGUCCUGGACUUCUGGAUGGCACACCUACGUGUCUUCCUUACCACUGUGGCCUUAAUUUCCCUUGUCCUGAGUGGAAUCUUUUUCAUCCACGAGAGCUUCCUCCUGCAGCACCUGGCUGCCAUCUGCGAAUGGGUCUUCGUCAUUGACAUCCUCAUCUUCUACGGCACUUUCACCUACGAGUUUGGUGCCGUCUCCAAUGACACCAUGGUGGCUGCACUGCAGCAUUCGAACAUCAGGGGGUGCAAAUCACCAGGCAGCAGCAGCACCUCAACUCACCUUAACUGUAACCCUGAGAGCAUUGCUAUGAUCUGAGGGAAACGGGUGGGGGUGGCUUUGCUUUUCCAUCCCACAUCCGGCAGCUUUGGUGAGCUGUCUUUUUUUUCCCCCAAUGGGGGAAGAGGGGCACCUUUUCCCUCCUGGGGAUUUUAAUUUUGUACCAAAAGAUUUUUUUUAAAGAAAAAUAUUAUUGCUGCCAAUACUCCCUUCUAAUUCCCCCGUCGUUGCUCAGUGCUUAAGGGAGGAAAGACAGUGCCUGUUUGUCGGAAGAGCACUGGAUGGCAGGAGGCAGAACUCUCAAAUAAGCCCCCACCUAUAUAGCUUGGAUCAUGACCACCUUUCCUGAAAACCUGUCCUUGCUGGCAGCUAAGCUUUCUCCCUGUGCACGCACACUCUGGGUGUUUGGACUACAGUUCCCACCAAUAUGGCCAGGUAAUGCUGAGGCUGCUGGGAGUUGUAAUCCAAUGCGCCUGGAGGCCAGCAGGAGGUUGGGGGAGGUUGCUGCAGAGCCUGACCCUCUUGCUUCCCCCCUGGGCCUGCAAACUGGUGCCAAAGGAAACCGCGGUUUCCAGAUUCAUUUACAAGCAGAGCCAGACUCAUUUCCCACAGGUGCUUGGGUGCCUGCAGACAAUGGCUACUCUUGGAAAAUAUGACUGCAUCUCACUGCCGCUCCCCACCUACUUUCCUUUUGGAGUGAUAGAGGGACCUCCGUGAGCUGCUUAAGAGAGGGGGCAGUAAACAUACUGGUACUUUGGCUUGUAAGAAGUAAUGUGGUCUCAACGCAACAAGAAUAUUGAUGCACCUGGGGAAAACAGGGUGGAGACGCAACAAAAGGGAGACUGUGUCUUAGGAAAAAGACAAAUCCCCUCCCCCCCGGACUUGGCACACUGUCCAAGGCAGAUUUCCACAAUCUGUCCCAUAAGUAUCUGGGCUGAACAGGGAGAUGAUUUCUGUUCCUCAGCCCCCCAAGUCUGAGCUGGUAUGUUUGGGUAAAACUGUUUUGGUAUUUUUUAGAAGUUUUUUUUAUAUAUAUCUCUAUAUAAAAUGUGUAUAAAGAGGGUUGUAUCAGAGCA